AUGAAAUUAUAACUCUUUGCAUAUUAUUUUUUUUUACAAUUCUUCUUAAAUCAUUAUGAUAAUGUUCCUUUUGAUAUAUUAAAAUUUAGAAAUCUUCAAAUAUCUGAUGUUUAGGUAAACUGUUUAGAACCUGCUAAUACUAAAGAUAACUGUACAAGAUGUUCUAUGUAAGAUAGAAUAACAAAAAAAGGUGAUAAGUGUUACUCCUGCACAAAUAAUUACUAAUAUGUAACAUUUGAUGAUGGAGUUAAAAAGUGUUGCCUAAAAGAUUGCAAAAACUGUACUGAAAAAUCAAGUCGUGCUAGUAAAUGUGCAGAUUGUAAUCCAGGAGAAGUCUAUGAUUAUGAUAAAAAUACAUGCAUUUCUUCAUCUUCUUGCUCAGGAGUAAUUAAGUAUGGAGUAUGCUAUAAAUUAUUACCAAAUUUAUAAAGUGAUGAAGUAAUUUAUGAUCAAAUUAGAGGAGAAAUUAUAAAACUCGAAUGUGAUGCUACAUGUUAAUCUUGUUCAAACUAACCCAAUAUUUGUAAAAAAUGUUCCUCGGGUAAUUUUUUUAUAGGAGACUCUCAGAAUUGUGGGAAAUGCGAAAUUUCAAAUGGGUACUUUGUUGAAAAUGAUCGAUGCAAAAAAUGUGAUUCUAUUUGUAAAACUUGUAAAGAUUCUUCUUAAAAAUGUGAUAAAUGUAUUGAUGGUAAAUUUAAAGACUCUUCUACUUAAAUAUGUGGUGAUUGCGAUUUAAAUUAAUAAAAAUUCAUUGAUGGAGAUUAAUGUAAAUAAUGUGAUUCUACCUGUCAAACUUGUGAAAAAUCUUCAAUAAAUUGUAAGAAAUGUUCUAUUGGAAAUUAUUUUAUAGGAGAUACUCAAAAUUGUGGAAAAUGUGAUAUUGCAAACGGAUACUACAUUGAAAAUGAUAAGUGCAAAAAAUGUAAUUCUAUUUGCAAAACCUGUAAAGAUUCUUCUUAAAAGUGUGAUAAAUGUAUUGACGGAAAAUUUAAAGACCCUUCUACUUAAAUAUGUGGUGAAUGUGAUUUGAAUUCAUAAAAAUAUAUUGAGGGAGAUUAAUGCAAAUAAUGUGAUUCUACUUGCCAAGCUUGUGAAAAAUCUUCAAAAAAUUGUACAAAAUGUUCAAUUGGAAAUUAUUUUAUAGGAGACUCUCAAAAUUGUGGGAAAUGCGAAACUUCAAAUGGAUACUAUGUUGAUAAUGAUAGAUGCAAAAAGUGUGAUUCUGUUUGUAAAACUUGUAAUGAUUCUACUUAAAAAUGUGAUUAAUGUAUUGAAGGUAAAUUUAAAGACUCUUCUACUUAAAUAUGUGGUGAUUGUGAUUUAAAUUCAUAAAAAUUCAUUGAUGGAGAUUAAUGUAAAUAAUGUGAUUCUACCUGUCAAACUUGUGAAAAAUCUUCAUAUAACUGUAAGAAAUGUUCUAUUGGAAAUUAUUUUAUAGGAGAUACUCAAAAUUGUGGAAAAUGUGAUACUGCAAAUGGAUACUACAUUGAAAAUGAUAGAUGCAAAAAAUGUGAUUCUAUUUGCAAAACUUGUAAUGAUUCUACUUAAAAAUGUGACAAAUGUAUUGAUGGUAAAUUUAAAGACUCUUCUACUUAAAUAUGUGGUGAUUGCGAUUUGAAUUAAUAAAAAUUCAUAGAUGGUGAUUAAUGUAAAUCAUGUGAUUUUACCUGUCAAACUUGUGAAAAAUCUUCAUAUAACUGUAAGAAAUGUUCUAUUGGAAAUUAUUUUAUAGGAGAUACUCAAAAUUGUGGAAAAUGCGAAACUUCAAAUGGAUACUAUGUUGAUAAUGAUAGAUGCAAAAAGUGUGAUUCUGUUUGUAAAACUUGUAAUGAUUCUACUUAAAAAUGUGAUUAAUGUAUUGAAGGUAAAUUUAAAGACUCUUCUACUUAAAUAUGUGGUGAUUGUAAUUUGAAUUCAUAAAAAUUCAUUGAUGGAGAUUAAUGUAAAUAAUGUGAUUCUACCUGUCAAACUUGUGAAAAAUCUUCAUAUAACUGUAAGAAAUGUUCUAUUGGAAAUUAUUUUAUAGGAGAUACUCAAAAUUGUGGAAAAUGUGAUACUGCAAAUGGAUACUACAUUGAAAAUGAUAGAUGCAAAAAAUGUGAUUCUAUUUGCAAAACUUGUAAUGAUUCUACUUAAAAAUGUGACAAAUGUAUUGAUGGUAAAUUUAAAGACUCUUCUACUUAAAUAUGUGGUGAUUGCGAUUUGAAUUAAUAAAAAUUCAUAGAUGGUGAUUAAUGUAAAUCAUGUGAUUUUACCUGUCAAACUUGUGAAAAAUCUUCAUAUAACUGUAAGAAAUGUUCUAUUGGAAAUUAUUUUAUAGGAGAUACUCAAAAUUGUGGAAAAUGCGAAACUUCAAAUGGAUACUAUGUUGAUAAUGAUAGAUGCAAAAAGUGUGAUUCUGUUUGUAAAACUUGUAAUGAUUCUACUUAAAAAUGUGAUUAAUGUAUUGAAGGUAAAUUUAAAGACUCUUCUACUUAAAUAUGUGGUGAUUGCGAUUUGAAUUAAUAAAAAUUCCUUGAUGGAGAUUAAUGUAAAUCAUGUGAUUCAAGCUGUUAAACUUGCCAAAAUUCUCCAUAAAACUGUAAGAAAUGUUUUAUUGGAAAUUAUUUUAUUGGAGAUACUCAAAAUUGUGGGAAAUGCGAAACUUCAAAUGGAUACUAUGUUGAUAAUGAUAGAUGCAAAAAGUGUGAUUCUGUUUGUAAAACUUGUAAUGAUUCUACUUAAAAAUGUGAUUAAUGUAUUGAAGGUAAAUUUAAAGACUCUUCUACUUAAAUAUGUGGUGAUUGCGAUUUGAAUUAAUAAAAAUUCAUUGAUGGAGAUUAAUGUAAAUCAUGUGAUUCAAGCUGUUAAACUUGCCAAAAUUCUCCAUAAAACUGUAAGAAAUGUUUUAUUGGAAAUUAUUUUAUUGGAGAUACUCAAAAUUGUGGGAAAUGCGAAACUUCAAAUGGAUACUAUGUUGAUAAUGAUAGAUGCAAAAAAUGUGAUUCUAUUUGUAAAACUUGUAGCGAUUCUACUUAAAAAUGUGACUAAUGUAUUGAAGGUAAGUUUAAAAACUCUUCUACUUUAAUAUGUGGAGAUUGCGAUUUAAAUUAAUAAAAAUUCAUUGAUGGAGAUUAAUGUAAAUAAUGUGAUUCUACCUGUCAAACUUGUGAAAAAUCUUCAAUAAAUUGUAAGAAAUGUUCUGUUGGAAAUUAUUUUAUAGGAGAUACUCAAAAUUGUGGAAAAUGUGAUAUUGCAAAUGGAUACUACAUUGAAAAUGAUAGAUGCAAAAAAUGUGAUUCUAUUUGCAAAACUUGUAACGAUUCUUCUUAAAAGUGUGAUAAAUGUAUUGAUGGAAAAUUUAAAGACUCUUCUACUUAAAUAUGUGGUGAAUGUGAUUUGAAUUCAUAAAAAUAUACUGAUGGAGAUUAAUGUAAAUCGUGUGAUUCAAGUUGUUAAAUUUGCGAAAAGUCUUCAUAAAACUGUAAGAAAUGUUCUAUUGGAAAUUAUUUUAUUGGAGAAACUCAAAAUUGUGGGAAAUGCGAUACUGCAAAUGGAUACUAUAUUGAAAAUGAUAGGUGCAAAAAAUGUGAUUCUAUUUGCAAAACUUGUAAAGAUUCUUCUUAAAAAUGUGAUAAAUGUAUAGAGGGUAAAUUUAAAGACUCCUUUACUUUAAUAUGUGGUGAAUGUGAAUUGAAUUAACAAAAAUUUAUUGAUGGUGACAUAUGUAAACCAUGUCAUACUAAAUGUAAAACAUGCUCAGGACCCUUAGAAAGUGAUUGUAAUAACUGUCCUGAUGGAAACUACUUUUAAGGUGAUACAAAUGUUUGCGGAUCUUGUGAUUUAGACAAUAAGAAAUUUUUAAAGAAAAAUAGAUGCUACGAUUGUCAUGCUAAUUGUUAAAAGUGUAGCGAUGAAAAUGAAACUUCUUGCAUUACAUGUAUAGAUAGCUUAUUUAAACAUGAAAAAAAAUAGCAGUGUAUUUCCUGCAAUGAGUCAGCUGGAUUAUUUAAAAAAGAUAAAUUUUGCUACGAUUGUGAUUAAUCCUGCUUAACUUGCUCAAACUAAGCAAAUGAAUGCAUAACUUGUGCAUAAAAUUAUUCUUAUAAGCCUGGUUCUAAAUAAUGUAUUAAAUGUAACCAAGAUAAAUAAUUUGUAGAUAAAGAUAAUGUUUGCUAAAUCUGUCAUGAAAAUUGUCAAACAUGUGAUGGAUUAUUUGAAGAUAAUUGCAUUACAUGUGUUGAUAAGUAUUACUUCAGUUUAAAGAGUAAAAAAUGUGUAUAAUGCGAAUUGACAAAUAAAAUGUAUUUAACUAAUAAUAAUAAAUGUGAUGAUUGCAGUGAAUUUUGUUUGACCUGCAGCGGUCCAAAUAAAGAUAACUGUCAAAGUUGUGUUAAAGAUACAUAUUUUUAAGAAGACACAAAUGAAUGCGGUGUCUGUCAAACAAAAGAUAAAUAAUAUAUAGAUAAUAAAUAAAGAUGCAGACAAUGUCAUGAAUCUUGCAAAACCUGUUUAGAUGGUGAUGAAUUUAGUUGCUAAACCUGUGAUACUUAAAUGGUAUUUUAAAAAACUAAUGAAGGCAAAUAAAAAUGUGUAAUAUGUGGUUAAAAGCAUUUUGUAGAUAAAAAAGACAAUUUCUGUAAAGUUUGCAGCAAAAAUUGUUUGAAUUGCGAAGGAGAAAAGGAAGAUUAGUGCACAGAAUGUGAAAAAAAUACUUAUUUUUUAGAAGAUACUAACUAAUGUGUAGAGUGUGAUCCUACAAAUAAACCUGAGUUUAUUGAUAAAACAGAUCCUAAAAAAUCAAAAUGUAGAAAAUGUGAUCCUACCUGUUAAUCUUGUGAUGAAUUGGGUGCUGAUAAGUGCAAGAAAUGUAUAGAUGGUUUAUAUUUUAAUGAAAAUAAAGAAUGCAAAAAAUGUGAUACUGAAAAGGGAUUUUAUAUCUUAUAGGAUAAAUGCAAAAGUUGUAAUUCUACUUGUAAAAAGUGUAAUGGGCCUGAUGCAGAUAAUUGCACUGAAUGCCCUCCAAAUACAUAUUUCCAGGAAGAUACUAAAAAAUGUGGCAAAUGUGAAAUAAAUAAUGGCUAUUUUAAAGAUGAUUAAGAAAAGUGUAGAAAAUGCCAUGAUUCUUGUUUAAUAUGCAAAGAUAAUACUUCUAAAUGCUAAAAAUGUAAAGAUGGAUAUUAUUUUAGAAAUGGUGAAUGUAUAAAAUGCGAUGAGCAAGGAUUUUUUGUUGAUAGAAAUGACAAUAACUUGUGUAAAAAAUGCCAUACAUCCUGCAAAAAUUGUGAUGGAGAGGCUGAGAAUAUGUGUACUGAGUGCAAUGACCCAUAAAUCUUUGAAUAAAAUUCAAAAAAAUGUAUUGUGUGUGAUGUAGAGAAUUCGAUGUUUAUUAAAAAUGAAGAAAAUAAUGUGAAGAGAUGCUAUCCAUGUCAUAAAAGCUGCUAGAAAUGCACAGGAUAAGAAGAUAAUGAAUGUUUAAAGUGCAAAUCAAAUUUAAGCUUUUUAAAUGGAAAGUGCUAAGGAUGUAAUCUAGAGGAUGCUAAAUAUGUAGACGAUAAUAAUAAGUGUCUAGACUGUCCAGCAAAUUGUUAAGAGUGUAAUAAAUCUAAUUGCACUAAAUGUAAAACGGAUUUCUACUUUUUAGAUGGAAAAAAUGAAAAUGGGUGUUAAAAAUGUGAAACAGCAAAUGGAUUUUAUACUGAUAAAUCAGCAUGCAGAAAAUGCGAUUCUACUUGCAAGACAUGUACAGGCUAAGGGUCAAAUAAAUGCUCAUCUUGUUCUAAUCCUAAUUUAUAUUUGAUGGUUGAAAAUAGUACUUGUGGAGAUUGUGAUACCAAUUAGAAUUAUUACAAAGAUGAAACUGAUAGUUAAAAGAAGUGUAUGAAAUGUCAUACAGAUUGUAAGACUUGUAAUGAUGGAAAAGAUACAAGUUGUAUAAAAUGUUAAGAUCCCAAUACUUACAAAGACGGAUAAAACAAAUGUUAAAUGUGUCAUGAAGAUUGUGAAACUUGUUUAGGACCAAACAAUAAUAAUUGCUUAAAAUGUAAAUUACCAGACAAAUUUAUUUCAAUUUAGGAUAGUACUUGUUAAAAAUGUAAAACUAAUGAAACAAAUGAUGGAAUAAAAUGUUAAACCUGUCCUAAAAACUGCGAAUAAUGCUCAAAGCCUGAAAAAUGUGAAAAGUGCUUAAAAGGUUUUCCACUCAAACCUGAUGGAUAAUGUGGGAGUUGUGGGGAAUCUGAAUUUGCUGAUUCAAAUACAAAUACUUGUAAACCCUGUCAUUCUUCUUGUUAAUCAUGCACAGGUCCUGAAGAAACAGAUUGUACAAAAUGCAAAGACACAAGCUUAAGUAUUAGAUUAGACACUAAGAAAUGUGGGACUUGUGAUUUAGACUAAUAUACUGAUGAAUUUAAUAAGUGUUAAAAAUGUUCUUAAUAUUGUUCUACAUGUAAAGGACCAAAUAAGGAUGAUUGUAAAAGCUGUAUUAGUGACUAUUAUUUCAAUGGAGACACAAGCGAAUGUAUUAAAUGCAAUACAAAUGAAAAGUUUUUUAUUGAUAAUAAAAAUUGCAGACCUUGCGAUAAUUCUUGUCAAACAUGUUCAGGUAAAGAAAAAAAUUAGUGUCUUAAAUGCCCUGCUGGUUCCAGCUUCAUCGGUACCCCAAUAAAAGAUUAUGGUGGUUAGUGCUCAGAAUGUGAUCUUAAUAAAGGGAAAUAUGUAGAUAAAGACACUAACUCUUGCUUAGAUUGUAAUAAAUCUUGUAAAACAUGCUUUGGGUAGUCUGAUAAAGAAUGCAAUCAAUGCAGCGAUGGUUUAUAUAAGAGGAGUGAUUUAGGUAAUAUUUGUUAGAAAUGUGAUGAGUAAAAUGGAUAUUAUAUUGACAAGGUUACUUAAGAGUGCAAAGCAUGUGAUAGCUCUUGUUUUAAAUGCACGGGUCCUUCAAAUAAUGAAUGCACAGAAUGCAAAGAUCCUAAUUUAAAGUUAAGUGAAUAAAAUAUUUGUUAACCUUGUAACAUAUCAUUAAAUUAUUACAUAGACGGUAAAUUCUGUAAAAAAUGCCAUCCUGAUUGCAAAACAUGUACUGGUGAAAAAUAAAGUGAAUGUAAAGAGUGUGUAUAUGAUAGAUAUUUCUUUGAUAAAAACCACAUCUGUAAGUAAUGUCACUAGGAUUGUUAAAUUUGCAACGGAGAAACAUAGUUUGAUUGCUAAAAAUGUUCAAAAAAUGGCUACUAUCUCUCAAUUAGUUCACAGAAAAAAUGUGUUUAAUGUGAUUAUAACUAAUUUAAUGAUGGUAUUAAUUGCUAAAAUUGUAUAGCUAACUGUGUUUCAUGUAAAGAUGGUACUUAGUGUUUGAAAUGUGAAAAAAACUAUCCAAAAACAAUAAAUGGAAUCUGUGGAAAAUGCGAAAAUAAUUAAUUUGUUGAUUCUGAAAAUGAAUGUAAAAGCUGUCAUUCUGAUUGCUCUUCUUGCACAGGACCCCUUUAAAAUUAAUGUAUUAAAUGUUAAAAUUCAAAUAAAUUCAUUAGAACUGAUACAAAAAUUUGUGGAGAUUGUGAUUCUAAUUAAUAUGGAGAAAAUUCUGUAUGUAAAAACUGUCAUAGUGAUUGUUCAGAAUGUUUAGGGCCUUCAAACUUAGAAUGUAAAAAAUGUUCCGUUUCUACUAACUACAAUUGUUAAGAUAAUGAGGUAAAAAUCUUUUCAAAAAGUUCAUCUGUUUCGCUACCUUCUGGAAUAAAUUUGAAAUGUUAAAAGUCUUGUUUACAGUGUCAUUAAAAUUGUGAAACCUGCUUUGGAGAGGGAAUAAACUAGUGUAUGAAAUGUAAAGUAGGAAUUUUAUAAGAUGAUUUGUCUUGCUCAAAAAAAUGCCCUAAAGGCAGUUUCUUUGAUGAGUAAAACAUUAAAUGCGCUAAAUGCGCCACUAAUUGCUUAGAAUGCACAGGUCUUCAAGAGUGUUACACUUGUUAACCAGAUUAUACUCUUUUAGAAGGAUAAUGCUUCAAAUGUGAAAUCGGGGAAUACCUUGAUAAGAAAUAAAAAGCCUGUAAGCCAUGUCAUGAAAGCUGUAAAAGCUGUAAAGAAUCAUCAGAAAGAGAUUGCAUAGAAUGUAAAAAUUCAGAUUACUUUUUUGAUCAAAAUAACAUAUGCGUUAAUAAGUGCCAAGAUGGAUUUAUUAAAAAUCCAUAGAAAAAGAAAUGUUAGUAAUGUGCUUAUAAAAUAACUAAUGGAAAUAAGUAAUGUGUAGUAGAUUGUGGUAGCGGUUAAUAUGUUAAUCCUUAAUCGAGGAUUUGUGAGCACUGUUUUUACAACUGCUUAGAGUGUAAAAAUGCAAUAACUUGUGAGAAAUGUGAAGAAGGACUUAGUUUUAUUGACGAGAGAAAAAAUAUAUGCCAGAAAUGUCCUGUUAAGUACUACCCAGAUCCUAUAACAAAUAUUUGCACAGAAUGUCAGCAAAAAAAUUGUGACUACUGCUAGUCUGAUAAAUGUUUAAAAUGUUCUCAUGAAUACAUUUUAAAUACUGAUAGAAAAACCUGUAAAUUUGACGAAAGAUAUAAAUACUACACCUGUAAUUUCAAAGAAGAGGAAGACUGUGAAAAAGAAAUAGAGGUUAUCAAUAAAACUGAUGUGAGCAUGAAAUCUGUCUAGGUAACUUCAACAGCUAUUCAAGCAGGCUCCUCAGUCGUUUUAGUCUCUGCUGCUACUUUUGGAUAUACCUUAUAAAUAUAACAGUUGAUAGGUAAUUUUAUAGUGUGUGAUGAUUUAAAAUAAAUAAGUUUAGGACCUACGUUUAUAGGAUAGUACUUCUCAAUGAAUAUCAUUAAUUUAUUCCCUAGUCCUUUGUAAUCAUUAGAUGAAGAACCAGUAGAAGACAAUAAUAAUGAUUAAAUAGAUGACUAAAGUUAGUAAUUAAAAAAUAAAAGAACUCUUUCUUCAGAUGUCUUAUUAGAUAAUGAUCUCAAAAUGCUAUUUAUUGUUAAAACUAGCUACUAUUAUGAAGAUGACAUGAAAAUGAAAAAGUUUAGAGAAGAGCUCAAAAAUAAGCACAAAUUAAACAUGUAGUUAUAAAAUUUAUCUAUGACAAGUGGAUUAGGUAUGCCAAUUUCAAGCCAAACUUUAGAAUAUCAAACAGAUAGAUCAAUGGACCACAAUGUUGUUGAAUAACUUGAUGAUAUACAAAAAUUAUAAAUUAAAUGGAAUUUAAAUCCAAUUUAUGCUAGAUAAAUUGCUUUAUAAGAAGUAAGUGGUAAAAAAAGUAAACAGAUGAAUAACAUACCUUAAUUAUGA